UGACUGUCAGGUCAUCUUAUCUGUCGGCUCGGCUGUCGGUCAAGUAGAGGAGGGAGGAGUAAAAUAAUGUUUGUUUUCUAAUCAAAUAAAUAAAAAUAUUAAUAUACAUUAUGUGUUCUUAAAAUUAUAAUACACGUUUGAUUUGAUUUAAGCAUAAUUUAACGUAUUUAUAAAAAAGGAAUUUGGUUAUAUGAAUUUAAAUGUCAAUAACAGCUGAUCGAGUGUUUGAGUGAUUUAGAUCCUGAAAUAUGCCAAUGCUAAUUACAUCCAGUGCACAUAAUACAUCGAAAAUGCUUUCUGUUCGGAUGAUAUUAAUCUCUGUUUUCACAUAUAUUUCAGUUGGGAACACCCAGUCUACUAUUUCAAUACCCCUGAACAAAUCAGUAACAUAUGAAAAUAAACAAAUGUAUGAGAAGUUCUUGUACAUAAACCAAUCAUCAAAAAUCCAAGUAAACUUUGAAAAUGAAAAUAUUAAUCCCAAGAUUUCGUUCAUAGUAUUCCAAGUGCACAGUCAUAUAUACAAUGUAACUGUGUAUAAUAACACAAAAAAUUAUAUGUCAACCCAAACAGGAACAAAUGUAGGCUUUUACAGUUCUGUUACACUGAAAAUUGACACAUUUUUUAUUGAAAAUCCAAAUACUAUUGGUUUUGAGUUGUAUGUAGCAGUGUUUGGAUAUUAUUGGCCAGAUCCAAUACCUGGUGGUUGUAAUAUGGAGUUCCCACAACCAAUAGCGCCAUAUAUUCGGGUUAUAACCAAUGAUAAUUACAUCCUAGCCGAUGCAGCUUUGCCCCAAGCGGUGAAUGACAUGAAAUGCACCGAAUUAUCAUUAAAUGUUAAAUUUUAUAUGAUGUAUCUUCCGGAACGGGAUUUUAGUCAAGCUACUUACUUUGAUAGCUUGAAGAAUAUGUUAACACUUGACAAAAUAGUAAAAAAAGGUGUUGAGAUCCCCGAAACUAAUAUACGGAAAGAAUUAAGACGCAUGACAAGUGCAUACCGUGGUACUGGAGUUAUAUAUGUUGCAGUGGCUUAUACUUAUCCAGAGAAGUUAUACUCAGUGUACGCGCCUGGAUAUUCCUACGCCUGUUCGCCUCUUGUGGAUGGAUGCGAACUCCUUGAUGAUUUGCUGUCAAGGUUUAUCUGUAUACUGUUGUUGUUUGGCGGGCUCUUCAUAUGCUUCCUUGGCCAUCGGUUCUUCAAGACGGAAAUGUUCCUGAUCGGAUUACUAUCAGGAGUGGUGAUCACCUACAUUUUGAUCUCAUUAAUUGCCGAACUGGAUAAUUCUGCUUUAGUUUUGGCGUCUCUCCUGUCUGGUACUUUCUUCGGAGCCGUUUGGUGUUUAUUCUGGUGGUUCUACGGUAUCCCAGUAGUGUCUGUGCUUCUACCGGCUAUGAACGUAGGAUUUUUAGCAGCCGCUAUCUUUUAUUAUCGACUACCAGGUGGUAUUUUAAUGCUUCAAGAUGAAAUUGCAUUCUGGACACUCUUCGUGUUUUUAAUGCUAAUAAUAUCUGUAUUAUUUGUGCCCGUGACUUUCAUCUGCAACAUUAUGGCUUGUGCCGUGCUUGGCGCGUACGCGGUUGUGUACCCUAUGGACUUCUAUUUUGGGUCCAAUUUGCGAUACAUUAUAAUCAAUGUUGUCAGAAGAGCUGUAGUCCCGGGAUUUGAGAAAGCCGUGCUGUCACCGCCCUUCGAAUGGAAAGACGGAGCAGUGACUGUGAUGUGGAUAGUACUGGCCAUGAGUGGGUUUCUCUUCCAGCAGUACCAUAACAGAGGAAGGCCGCCAUUCCCCCCUCCCCCGCGCAGCAUAAGCCCCCGCAUGCCCGACCUCGUAGAUCAUAGAGAGCAAACGGAAGAGAGGCGACAUUGGCGCUACCUGCGUAUUGUCGCACGCCCCAGGACCAACCCUCAACCUACUGAAACAUCGCCACUAUUACUGUAAAUAAUAUAAGAAUGUAAACAAUUUUUUAAGGUAGGUUAAAUUUCUAUUUUUUGCGUCAAAGUAAAGCUAAGUGCGCACUACGAUUUUCUAUCUCGCAAUUAUCGUUGAUAUACCUCGCAACAGUUUUUAGAGAACAGAGAGUGAAUUUCACUUCUCAAGUAAGAACCAAUCACAUUGCGGUGUGUUUGUCAUUGCGUCACAAUUGUGCACUGUUAUUGGUUAGCUGCGUCUCAUUGCGAAUCGACUCGACGGUGAGAUGUAAACAGCAAAAUCGCACUACACACACAGUGAGCGCAAAUGCCCUUAUAACAUCGUUUCUGCUUAGAAAUCCGUUUAUAAAUUCUUGUAUCGAUAUAAAACAAAUUGUAGUGCGCGCUUUGCUUAAAUAUCCAUGAAUAUUUACUAUUGUUAUUACUAUUAUCGUUUAAAAUAAUACGUUUUAUUCAUAGGUUUAUCUAUAUAUAGCUUAUCAUACAUAUCAUUUAAAAUAAUCGAUCUCCUCUAUCGUGCCUAAGUCCUAAUUUAGCCAUGUCAUUAAUUUUAUAUUUUUUGAAAUACAUAAAUAUUUUGUGUAGGUGUUGGAUUUUAUAAUGUUAAGUUACUAGAAUAUUAUAUUUAAUCAGUAAAUGAUGGCGAGGCUACAAAGGUAUUAAACUACCUUUGUUGUUUCACUAAUCUACAUUAAUUGAGAGUAAAGUUCUGAUUGGUCGAACAUCGAUAACCUUCAGUGGCGUAACUACAGGGUCGUAAUUCGGCAAAUUCCCACGAGCCCCCAGCACAAAGAGGCCCCUAUCCCGGGUAAUAACUACUUUAUUGUUUUAUUCUUAAUUUCGUCUAUACCAAAAGGAAUGAAGACGUGAUAUUGUAUAAUGGGUGUCCGAUUAGUGAGCGUACUCUAACUUAGCAACUUGACUAGACAAAAAAUAACAUUUAUAUGCAGGUAAUAACCAAAUAUAAUAGUUAAAUGUCACUGUAGUUGAUCAAUUUUAUUAAAUAAAUAAAUUACAAUUUUUUGUUCUCAUAAAGUAUGUUAGGAAUGCUUUUUGACUCCAAAACCGUGACGGCACAUCACAUUACAGUUUUGUUUUUAACAUUUAAAAAAAAGUAUCUGAUUUGAUUAGUUGGAAAGUAGCCAAUUGGGCGUCCAAAGUAUGAAUGAGCGUUUUUCCCCGUCAUUAGUUUACAAUAGGGUAUAGUUACGCCACUGAAAGUAGACUCAUCUCUUUUGAUGUAGGUACAUAAGAGUAUUGGUCGUUUUUAGUGAAUUUCUACUAAGUUGUUAGCCACUAAGCCCGUGUAAACAUAAUAUUGUGGGCCGAGAUAUUGUUUAAAAGUAUGCUAGUGCCCAAAGAUAAGACUGAAUCUGGUGGAUAUUUAAAUAAUGUAUUUCGGUCAGUGAGUAAAAGGGGGUACAUAUAUUUUUAAAUAUUUUGCUCAAAAUAUAAAUAAAUAUGUCUUGUUCUAUUAUUUUUUGUCCGAAAUAGUAGAUAUUUUUUAAAGGGUUGUAUUUAUAAGAUUUUUGGUUAUAUACUGUUUAAGAGUCUUAUGAGUCGAAAAUAAUUUUGGUUACAGAAAAUACGAUUCAAUUUUGAAUUAUGUCACAAUAUAACAUAGGUAAAGGUUUAUUAGAGCUUUGAAAACAUUUUAUAACGUCUCGAUAUAUUUCUUAUUAUAGUUCACAAACACGAAAACAUGUUAUUCUAAUGUUGUUUAUAAUUCUUCUUAUAUCAUGUUCCAUGACUACUUAGCAAAAGAUCAACGUGUUUUCAAAUAAGAAAUCAUCGAUCUAUCUUACUUUUAAAUUCACCAAAUAUUGACCAGUAAGACCAGUCUUAAGAAAGACUGGUCUUAAAAGUGAUGCUUAUAUUCCAGCUUAGCUUAAUAAAAAUAUUAUUCUGA